GUUUGAAGUUUGACUUUGAACGUUGAAAAAAAAAAAUUCAAAUUGCAACGGCGAAUUUUGUUACAACUGUGAACUGUCGAAAGAUCAUUUUGUUUUCAAAUCAUUUGUCUGCUAAAUUUUAAGAUUUUAUUAAUAAUAAUUGUAAUUUAGAAAAAUACAAUUACUACAUGUAAAUAAUAUACGUAUAUUGAUUUUUGAUACAAUUAAAUAUUGAUAACUUUGAACAUGUUACGAAAAUGGAAAAAUAUUCUUGAAAAUUGGAUAACAUGCUACUUUGAGAAAGAUACAAAUGAUGUAUACCCUGUAACGGUGGAAUCGCUUGUGGACAUUAUUUCACAUUUAAGGGAGAAUUUCAACUUGGACGAGUCAACAUCUUCCAUUUUAGAUGCUCACACAAUACAGGAUUUCAUAUUGGAAAAAUAUCCAGAAUUCCAUUUUGAAAAUGGAAACUUGGAACCUGUUAAUGAGGAGGAAAUCUAUUUGGCAGCUUCACUCUUGCUUUACUUUGUGUGUGUUAACUCUAAAGAUGUUGACAUAAAAAAGGCUAUGUGUAAGCAACUCAGUGCAUCAGAUCAAGAAAUUAUACUGAAAUUUAGUAAACGUCUGAUGGAUUGUACUAAAAUAACAUCAACAGAUGUUCUGACUGCUAUUACAGAAGCCUGUGGUCAGGAUGUAGCUGGAGCCACCACAGGUAUGACUACAGUAGCAGAAACUCCACCAGCCCUCCGUUCUUUACAUGGCGAGGUGCGGCGACUGCAAGCUGCGCUGGACGCUGAGAGAUUUGACCGGAACUACCUGCAGGAGGAGCUUGCCAGAACCAACUUGAAAAUGGACAAACUUUUGAAAGACAAGGAGCAGUACAAACAAGACAUAGUGAACCUGAAAGCAAAGCUUGCCACUUGCGGACAAGACAACAGUGUACAAGACGCUGAUGUGUCUAAUAGCAACUCGGUCAAACUUCUCAAACAGUUGGAGCAGGCGGAAAAUCGUUUAGUUACUGUACAAGAGAAGUUGGAUGAUGUGCAAUAUGAGAGGGACAUGUACAAAAAUAAAAUAGAUGAAUUAAAGCGUGAACGUGACAAAUGGAUAGUAACAAGCCAGGAGGAAACAUCUCGAGCAUGCCAUUUAGUUGAACAGUUAGAAAUGGAGCGAAAGCAAGUACAUUCCUUGAGAGAACUUGUUAUAGAGUUGAGGCAACAUAACAAACAUAAUGGAGUCGAUACUAGCCAAUUAGAAUGUGAUGACCUUGAUGGAAGUAUUAGAACACCGCACAAUGCUUCUGUGUGUAGCGAAGCUUGUACAAAUGUCAUAGAAGUUCAGUUGGGUGAAGAACGUGCUAAAAUAGCAGUUCUUGAACAACAAAUGAAAAUGUUGCAGGAUCAACUAGACAGUUUCAAGAAAACAACUGACGAAGAGAGACAAAAUUUGACGCAAAUAAUCACAGAAAAGGACACUGACAUAUUCAAUUUAAAACAUCGUAUUAAUGAGGAAAUAGAAAAAAAUAAUAAUUUUAAAUUGUGCUAUGAUGAUGAUAUCACCAAAUUAAACAAUGAGGUGAAUGAGUUGGAACAAAAAUUACGAGGGAAUGGAGAAAAUGCUAGAAGAAUCAUUGAUUCAAAGAUGAAUGAAAUUCAGAUUUUACAAGAAGAGAAACUAUCUCUUCUUCAAAGUCUAACAGACGAAACUACAAAACUUGAAAAUACAAUUGAAAAACUGAAAUGUGACUUGGAUAUUGAAAAAUCCUCUAAACUCAAAAUGAAAGAAGAAUAUGAAAACAAAAUGAUGAAGUUGAAUGAGAAAGUAUUGAACAGAAAUAACGAGUUAGUUGAAUUGCAAAAUAAAAUAUGUGAAAAUGGUGAAGCAAUAGAGAAAUUAAAAUUUGAGUUGAGAAAGGAAAAUGAAUUAAGAGGGGAGCUUAUUAACAAAUACAAUAACGACGUCAGGAAUUUGAAUGUGCAAAUUAAGGCAUAUGAGGAGAAGUUGCGACAUAAAAACGCUGAAAUUGCUAAUUUAAAAGAACACAUACAAAAGUGUAGUAUUUACAAUCAACAAUUGGAAAAAGAUAUUGAGAACCUCAAUUCCUGUCUAGCGAAAUGCCAAGAAGAUAACAAAGUUUUAGAAGAUUUUAAGGCAAAAAUCUUACUUGACUUGAAAAGUAGAGAGUCAGAAAUUGCACAUAUUCAAAAAGAAAAAGAACAACUUGUAAAUGAGUAUGCUGAAGAAAAGAAUAUGUUACAGUAUAAUUUAGAUGAAGUAAAUGCUACAACAGAUGCUUUAAGAAAUCAAUUACAAAAUGAGAUUCAGUAUAAGAUAAGCAUACAGAAUGAAUUGCAUGAUUUUGAACUCAAGAAUAAGAAAUUGAUAGAUACUAUAAAUAACUUGAAUGAGCAGCUUACUGCAUUAAAAUUAAACUGCAAUGAAAUGGAACAAAGUUUAUCUGGUGAAAGAAAAAUAGUUGCCGAAUUAAUAAAAACUCGUGAAGAUUUGAAUAUACAGAUUGAGAAAUUGUAUAAAGAUAUAUCCGAUAAAGAAAUCAUGAUCAAAACUAUCGAAGAAUCUCUAUGUAAGACAAAAAUUAAAUUUGAGGAAGAGAGUCAAGAGAAAAGCAAUGUAAUUGGCAAGUUAGAAACAAAAUUGGCAUCUGAACUUGCAAAUUUAAAUACUCUACACAAAAAUUUAGAAGAGCUUGAAAUGAAAAACGAUAGUUUAACGAAAGAUGUCACCGAUAAGCAUAAUACUAUUGUGACAUUACAAAACGAAGUCUUGAAAUUAACUCAGAAAGUUGAAGAAUAUGAAUACACUACUAAUGAACUUAAAAACACCAUUGACGAAAAAACAAAAGCUUAUGAACACAUUAACAUGAAAUAUACUGAAGAAACAAGUUCUUUAAUGUCCAAAUUAAAUAAAAUGGAUGAAUUAUUUAAAGAUAUGCAAAAAAAGCUGAAUAACACUGUAGAGGCUAAAGAACUAGAAAUAGAGACUUUAAAAGUAGAUAUGAACAAAAUACAAAUUUCUUUACAACAAGAAUGCGAAAAAUCUUUUGCUAUUGAAAAAGAGAAAGCGGCUCUCCUACAACAGCUAAAUGAUGCAAACACUUCAAAAACUAAAAGCGAAAAAGAAUAUUUAGAUAAAUGUGAAUUAACAAAUUCCAUAAACACACAACUAAAUGAAGAAAUCUUGAGAAAAAAUGAACAAAUCGUUGACUUAAAAAAGUGUUUGGACAUAUCCGCUAAAUCUAAUGAAAAGAAAAUAGAAGAAAUUAAAAACUUGAAAAAUGACCUCAAUCAAGCUAUACAAAACACUAAUGAUAUUAAAUUGCAAAAAGAUACAGAAUUAUCAAUAUUAAUUGGAAAAAUGAAACAUUUAGAAUCUUUAGUUCAUAUGUCAGAAAAUGAAUUAACGACUGUUAUCGAUAACCAUACUCAAGUGGUAGAAGCUUUACAAAGGGAAAAUGUUCAAUUACACUACAAUCUCGAAGAAGAUAAUAGUAACCAUGAAUUGUUUAUUAAAGAAAAGGAUGCAAUAAUUGAAGGGUUGGAAACGCAGCUUAAAAGUGGCAUGGAAAGUUUAAAUCUAUUACAGAAACAGUAUGAGAAUGAUAAAUUAAUGUGGGAAAAAUGUAAAACUGAAAUGAAAGAAGAUAUUAGUGCAAGGAAAAAUGAGAUUAUUCAGUUGAUUAAAAAAGUGGCAUCUGCUGAAAUGGAAGUACAAAACUUGAAAGCUCUAGUUCAUGUCUUAAACAAAGAAAAAACUGAAUUAACUGAACAAGUUAACUCAUUACGUAAUACCUGCACAGAAAGUGCCCACACUAAUGAUAGCUUAAAGAAGAGUCUUGUUGCAGAAAAAGCUUUGAGAGAUUCCUAUGAAAGUGAAAAACAAAAUUUGAUUAAAGAAAAGGAAAAUUUGUUACUAAAAAUGGUUGCCAGUGAAAGUGCAUACAGAAAACUUUACUCAGAAAAAGAUUGUUUGUUGAAUGAAAAAGCAAUUUUAGUUCAAGAGCUUAUGGAAGAAAAAUCUGUGCGGCAAAUAGCAGAUGAAGGGAAAGGUGUUCUAUAUGUUGAAAAACAACAAAUAAGCGAACAGUUACGAGAGUCCGAGGAUGUGAAAAAUACUUUAUUGCAAGAAAAGGAAUGCCUUAUGCAGCAACUUGUUGAAGAAAGGCUUGCCAAAGAUUUGGCUGAGCAAGAGAAGAAAAAUAUUAUUGAUGCUCAAGAAAAGCUACAAGAGAAACUGAUAAUAGAAUCAUUGUCUAAGGCUGAAAUUGAAAGAAAAAAUGACAAUCUUGCAGAAGAAAUACAUCAUUUGGAACAAAAAUAUGCAAUUGUUGCAAAAGAAAAAGCAUUAUGUAUAACAAACAACGAUAUACUUAAUAAAUCCAACACUGAAUUAAAGGUGACCCUUGAUAUAUUGACAAAAGAGAAGAAUAAUUUACUCGAAACAAUAUCAGAUUUAAAUAAAAAGUUCGAUAAAGAAAUCGCUAACAAAAAGAAGGAAACAGAAAAUUUGAAAAUACGUUAUGAACGAUUGAAUUCCGACUAUGAUGCUCUAUAUGAAGAUAAAAGGAACCUUGAAAACAUUUUAAAUAGUGGACUAAAGAAUGUUGUCGAUGACAUCAAAAGAAAUAACAUUUCAUGUAAAUAUGAUAACAUAUCAUUUGAAAAUGCAAACAAUAUUGAGAAAUAUGAUAUUCUUUUCAAGAUUAUCAAUAAUAUAAUUUCGGAAUUAACAUUAAAAAAUAAUUUGCAACAAGCAUUGCAGAAAGAAAGCGCAGCCGUCAUGGAAAUAUCAGAGAUGAUGAAAGAAAAGGAAAUACAAAUUACAAAACUUCAGGACGAAAUUCAGAAUUUAAAUAAAGCUGUUCAGAAUUCUAAAGCUGAGUUGAUAAAACAGAACGAAAAGCACAACAUACUGCUAGAAACAAAAGCAAGUGACAUACAACAAUUGCAGCUAGAAAAUCAAACUCUUCGCAACGAGUUAAAUGAUGUCAAGAUACAGUUGGACGUUAAAGUUCACUCCCUCAAAGAUAAAUUAGUUGAUAAUGAAAACUUAACUGAAAAAUUGAAGGAAACUUACGAUUGUCAGAUAGAUAACUUGAAUAUGAUGAUUACGAAAUUAACGAAUUAUUUAAAAGAGAAAACUGCGGAAAUAGAUUUACUAAGAAACGAGAAAGAAAGGCUACAAAACAUCAUAGAAGAUAAUAAUAAAUCAAUAAAAACUUUAGAAGAACAUUUAAAAACACAAAAACAAAAUCAAGAAAAACUUAUAAACGAGUUUGAAUCUGAAAGACUUGUUCUUAAGAACAUGGUUACAGUGACAGAAUCUGUUAUGGAAGAUCAAAAGGUCAGCCUUAAUAAAAUAAUAGCCGAAAAUACAAAGGCUAAUCAGGUUUUGGAAGAAGAAGUGAGAAGUUUGAAACAAAUCGUCGAAAGUGAAAGAAAAAGUACAGACGCAAAGCUACAGGACAAGGAUGACGCAUUUGCAACUCUUUUUAAAGAACUAACUAAUUUACGUAACGAAAAAGCGAACAUCGAAAAAGAAUUAACCUCUGAAAAGGAAUCAUUCGACAAGCAACUUGCGAAGUUAUUAGAGGAAGUGACUGAAAAAACAAGCAAAAUAGCGAAAUUGUCAGCUGAAAAUAACGAGAUUCGAGAAAAAAUUAAUGAACAAACUGAAGGUAUUACUUCUUUAGAAGAAAGAACCAAUGAAUGGAAGAUCAAAAAUGACACUCUAGAAGUUGAAUUUGGACGUAAAUUAAAAGAAUUGCAAGAUGAUUUAGACACAAAAUGUAAAUCCACAAACGAAUUAGAAGUUUUACUCAAAAAUAAAGAAACAGAGAAUGCGGAACUAAAACAGAGAAUAAUAAAACUUGAAUCAGAUAUUGUCAUUUUGGAAAAAGAAAAACUGAAUACUGAAAAUGAGAAAGCAAAAUUCUGUAGAACAGUUGAUGAAUUAACCGUAAGUCUAGGAAACUAUGAAAAGGAAAAUAGUGAAUCGUUGUCAAAGGCAAAGAAAGAAAUCGCGGAAUUAAGCAUAGCUAAUGAACAUAUGCAGACAAAGAUAACAAAAUUAGAAGAAUGUUUGAAAUUGGAAACGCAAAAAUUUGAAAAUGCUGUCGAGGAAAAAGCGAACAUUUUGCGCAAAUGUUCUAUACUAGAAGAAUAUCAGAUGAAAGCUGAAACAGAACAAGAAGUGCGUCUGAAAGAAAUAAAUGCACUUCAGGAUAAAGUGAAAGCAUUAUCAUCUACAUCAGAACUAGAAAUUAGUGAAAAGGAUAGAAUAAUUAAUAACUUAAAAGAAGAAAUCGAGAAAAUAACAAAUAAACUCAACAAAGAAUUAACAGAUAAAAGAGAAUGUCUAGAAAACGCGACAAAACAAAUCACAAACAAAGAUACUGAAAUUCAAGCUUUAAAGAAUCAGUUGGACGAAAUUAAACAGAAAGAAGAAACUAUAAAUAUUUUGAAAAACGAAAAUGAAAAAUUAAUUAAAGCUAUGGGACAAAGGGAGACAUUAUCCAUUGCUACUCAAGAACACUCAAGUGGCGUAUAUACGAGACAAAUUGAACAUGAGCACCUUCAACAACAGGUAGAUACUACUUCUACUGACUAUUCUUCUAUGGAGAGCGUUAAAACCAUCACUGACCUAGAAAGAAUCAUACAGGACAAAAACCGAUCAAUAACCACCCUACAAAACGAUGUUACGUACCUCAAAACCCUGAUAGCUGAAUCAGAGACCAAAUAUCUCGAUGUCGCCAAGGAACUGGACAUGAGCAAGGAGAACUGCCAACAAUUAUCGAUUCAACUGAAGAAAAUCGUUCACCAGAAGAACGAAGAAAUCGCUGACCUCAAGAAGCAAGUCACCAAAAUGAGCGCAACCGAAAAUCGUGCGUCGCAAAUAAUCAAAGUCUCCGCAAAGUACCAAGCGAUCAUAUUGAAGAGAAUCGCAGAGAUCAAGUCGAACACCGUUUUAAAAGAGUUGACGAACUUCGGCAAUACAAAUUGCGAUAGUGAUUUACGAAAAAGUUUGACCGCAGGAACGAUUACUAUGGAAGAUUUGGAAAAUUUCCUCGAAACGACAGAAAGGCAUAUUCGACGUUGCUCUGAAAAGCAGAUCGCUUUACAAAAGGAACGGGACCGGUUGACUGAAGUCAAUCGGAUAAACGAAUCUGAAAUUAUUAACAUACGGAAGUUCCUCACCGAAUUGUCGGUUAGCAUCAAAACAUUUAAUUCUGUGAAAGAAUUGUACACACAGAAGUUAAGUCGAGUCGUUUCUAUACAGAGGACUGUCCGGAGGGAAAUACUGAGUCUCGAUGGACGUAUAACUGAUGGGGCUAUGGGGAAAUUGGAGAGAGGCUAUUCGGCUGUGAUGCAGGAUUUGUCGGAAUGUGCUAUGAACUUAGAGAGGUGGAUGGAACGCUGCGUUUCCAGAACAAUAUCUUCAGAGAAAAUUAAGCAAGCGUUCACGAGUGAUGACGAGCGUGGAUCCCUGUCGUCUGGAAGUUUCCAGAACGCAGGUCUCGAAGUUCAGUUGGAAGAGUUGCACAACUCGUUCCAGAAGCUUCUAGAGGAAGUGGCCCGUGCGCAGAAGGGUGAUAAUAGGGACGUGCAAUCGGUGACAGUUAUGGAAGUCCGGACGGAAUACGAGGACAAGCUCAACAGGAUGAAGGCAAAAAUGAAACAAUUGUACCAAGAGCAAAUAAAGGUGUUCAAAGAGAGACAGCAUGAAGAUAUAAUACGGUUGGAGGCAGAGUUAGCGAAGACGCAGAACAAGUUGCAGCAAUGCGAGAGUCACAUCAAGUCUCUGACCGCAGAGCUGUGGACCGUCGGCGAGAAGUACGUCACGCAAAAGGAGGAAGCUGAUUGGCUGAAAAGGCAGCGGUCGGGAUCGCUCAUGUCCUUGCAGCAUGUGCAUUCGUCUGGUCUCGGCCCUCCGCAAGAGGAACGCGGCCGGCCCUCCGACACGCACUCCCUGCGCUCGCUGCCCGGCCAUAACAACAACAAUAAAAAUAAAAAAAAAGAAGGCCGAGGUUUGCACAUGUCCGACGAGGAAGGCGAAGUAUUCGACAACCGCUGGCUCCGCGAGUUGGCGAGCACGCCGCGCCGCGAGCCCGAUGCGCCGCCCGGGCAUCGAAUCUCGGAACUCCGCUACCGGAACUCGUUGUGCCCGCCGCACCUCAAGAGCUCGUACCCCGCCGAAACGCAGUUCGCGCCCGCCAUUCAAGAAGAGGACAUCAAGUGUGCAAGUGGCAUCAACAUGUCGGUAGGCGGCCGGCAGCGCAAGGAGGUCGGCAUCACCGCAUACAAGAAGCCCGGCCCGCCCACUCCCAGCAAGCAGGCCGGACGCCUCUCCGCCACGGACUCUGAACUGCGCGAGUCCCUGCGCAUCGAGGCCGACCCCGGCGCGCGCAAGACUAGCACUCCCUCCCGGAUUCGCUCGCUCUUCCGCGCCGCCAAAAACGAUACCACUGAAGGAACCCCACGCAGAAGACUAAGCAAUAUAUUCAGGAAGAAAUAAUCUGAAGCCUGCACCCACCACGCCGCCUAAUAAUUUGCAUUUAAAUUUCGAAUAAAUUUUAUUAAUUUAUUACAAUUAAAACAGGUUUAUUGAUUUAGUUUUA